ACAAAAAACAACAGUCAACGAAUUGCGAUUACCUAUAAUUUUAAUUUGUAUGUUUUUAACCGUUAACAUCCCGUUUUGAAGGUGAGAAAAUAGCGCUUUUACUGUCUCCAAUCAUGUCCGAAGGAGUCGAACUUAUAGCCCUUUUUGAGAAACUUAACGUUAGAACCGGUAAAUUAAAGCCCUCUGUUAUAAAAGCUUGGUUCGACACAGAUUGCAAAGAUUUAUUACAAUGGAUUUGUACCUCAAUUACGGAAGAUUGUUACGUCUCACCACAAGAAGAAUGCGAAUACUCUCAACUUGAAAAUGUUCUAACAGGUGAUGAGUUAGUAAAAGGCAUUAAAUCAAUCGAGUCGGAAUACCCAGACUUGUUUCAAGUUGAGACAAAUGUGUUAGAUCAAGAAAUUGCCAUUGAGAUGAUUGAGGUGUUGGAGAAUCAAUUGCAAGAUUGUCAACUACAGCUGGACAUUAACCUACAAUUAAAACACAAUUUAGCUGUGGAAUAUUCGGAAGUGUCUUCUCAGUUAAUCAAAUCACAAGUUGAAUUGGAGGAUGCACAAGAAAAAUGUAUGAAGUUGAGUCAGGAACUCGACAAGAUUAACAACGAAACGUACACUCAAGUGGCAAAGUAUUGUUCGUACUUGUAUGAUUUUGAUCUUGCAGAAUAUCCGAAAUUUAUCAAUAACGGUGAUAUAACUCAAUUUGAAAACAACUUUGCACAUGUUGUUAGCAGAGUUGGCACUUUACAUGCUGCUAUUAGAGUCGAUAAUGACCCAUCGAGAUUGAAUGAUGGUGCAACGCUUUCAGAAAUUAAGAAGCGCAUAUUCAAUUCUUGCAAAACAUGUCUGGAACUAGAAAUGGAAGUGGAAGCCCUGAAUUCUGUAUUAAAAUUUUAUGAUACUUUUAAUAUUAACUCUUUGUCAUUUCCAUUUGAUUGUAACUUUAUUCAAAUGGAAAUUGAAGAAAGUAAAGAUUAUCAGAAACAAAUGAUGAUAGUUGUGGAGAAGUUGCUAUUAAAAUAUGCUCAAUACUGUGUUAAUGAACCGUCUUUGAGGUUUUCUAAAAACGAGCUUAACUUACACGUUUCUAGAUUAGAUAAUUUGAAUAUCCUUGAUGAAAGUCUGAAAAAAAUGUUGGUUUAUUUUAACUUAAUGCACAAUCUAUUUUUACAAGAAAAGAUGGACAUACAGGAUUCCAGUAAUUUUAUUAAAGCUAUGCAAAAAAAUAGCCAAGAGAACUUGAAGGAGUGCUAUUUUAGAAAGCAAAAAAUGUUAAAACAAAUUGAGGAAUAUGAAAAGUUUUCGGCUGAACCAAUAGAAGACAAGUUUAAAUUGAUCCGUGACUUUCAAAUUGUUUUCUCAAAGGAUGUGAACACUUUGACGAAAGCUUUACAAGAAAGUACUAAGUUAAAAAUUGAAACAACCCAAUUGAAAAAUAAACAUUUUAAUUCUGUUCAGCGCUUCAAGGAUUGCCUCAAGUCAAGGAACAACAUUGAAACUCUACACAAUUUCCUGAUUUGUGGGCCAACUUGCCAGAUUGUUACAAUACCCAUCGGUUUGCAAAAGUUACUCUUUCAAGUUGAUCAAACGUUAGCCAAGCUUCAAUCUGCUUUGAAAAUGGCAUCAAAUAGUGCACGGAAACCAAAGGAAAUCAUCGCAAGAGAUAAAUGGUUAUGUUAUCGAAACCAGUUGUGGAUGCUUUUUGUUACAGAACCAGAAAAGAUGAAACGGUUGCUGUGUCAACUGGGUGAAAAUGGAAACCUUGAAAACACUAAACUUUCGCAAACUUUGAAGUUCGAGCAAAAUAUGGAUUCAUUCUUAUAAUUAUUAUUACAUCAAAAUAGAUUACGUAUUUGUUAUUUGUACUUUAAUAAUUUCAUCAGAAUAAAUAACUUAUUUUAAA